AUGGCCGGCAGCUGGCUGUACGCAGCAGUGUGUGACCACGGCAUGGAGGCUCGCACAGAGGAAUGUGCGGCCAAGGACUCCUGCUCCCGAGGGAAACACCAUCUGCCCCAAGUACCCAGGGCCAAUGAAAGUAAACCCAGGGAGGAGAGAGUCGAGAUCAAAACGCCUGCAGCCAGAGUGCACGUGCCCUGUCUGGCCGGCUGCCCCUGGGUAGAGGAGGAUGGCAAAAGGAGACUCCUGUAUCCAGCUGAAGUCCAGAAGAUGCAGCAGGAGUGCAAAGCCUGCCAGGAAAUAGCGGCGAAAAUCUGCAAGCUUCUGGAGAAGUGGGAUAUGGGAUACUUCUGGGAUGCAUAUGCCAACCAAACUACACGGCCAGGCUGGAGGAACGAGUAUCACCACUGGACGGGAGGGAUCAGUGUGGAAGAUCCACUGCUGGCCAAAAGGGAAAGGCUGGAGAGUACGGCCAAGAUGCAGGACCAUUACGAAAGGCUUUUCUUGGGGAAGGAGGCCCUUCAGGCCACCAUGGGCACUUCUGCGUCAAAGCUUGGGAGCUCUUCUCCAGAAGCCCAGCAAGAAGGUGAAACGGAAGGUGAGGCAGUUGAAGCUAUUGUGGAAGAAUCAGAAACUUUUAUUAAGGGAAAAGAGAGAAAAACCUAUCAAAGACGCCGUGAAGCUGGGCAGGAGGACGAUGCUUGUCAUAUACCACCAAACCAAGCAGAUGGGGGUGAAGUAGUUCAGGAUGUCAAUAGUGGUGUGCAGAUGGUUAUGAUGGAACAGUUGGAUCCAACACUUCUUCAAAUGAAGACUGAAGUAAUGGAAGGUGCAGUGCCUCAGAAAACGGAGGCUACAGUGGAUGACACACAGAUCAGAACACCUCAGGUUGUUAAUAUGGAAGAGCAGCCUAUAAAUCUUGGUGAGCUUCAGCUGGUCCAAGUACCAGUUCCAGUGACUGUACCUGUUGCCACCACUUCUGUGGAAGAACUUCAGGGAGCAUAUGAAAAUGAGGUUUCCAAAGGAGGCCUGCAAGAGGGAGAGCCCAUGAUCUGUCACACUCCUCCUUUACCAGAAGGCUUCCAGGCAGUGAAAGUGGGUGCAAAUGGUGAGGUGGAGACACCGGAACAAGGUGAACGUCAGCCCCAAGAAGAUCCUAAUUGGCAAAAAGAUCCAGACUAUCAGCCACCAGCCAAAAAAACAAAGAAAAACGAAAAGAGUAAGCUACGCUACACUGAGGAAGGCAAAGAUGUGGAUGUCUCUGUGUAUGACUUUGAAGAGGAGCAACAGGAGGGUUUGUUGUCUGAGGUCAAUGCAGAAAAAGUAGUGGGUAACAUGAAGCCACCUAAACCAACAAAAAUCAGAAAGAAAGGUGUAAAAAAGACAUUCCAGUGCAAGCUGUGCAGUUACACUUGUUCACGUCGUUCUAACUUGGACUGUCAUAUGAAAAGCCACACUGAUGAACGACCACAUAAGUGCCAUCUCUGUGGCAGGGCUUUUCGGACAGUCAAAUUACUGAGGAAGCACCUCCACACUCACACAGGUACACGCCCUCACAAGUGCCCAGAUUGCGACAUGGCCUUUGUGACCAGUGGAGAGUUGGUUCGGCAUCGCCGCUACAAACACACCCACGAGAAACCAUUCAAAUGCUCAAUGUGUGAUUAUGCUAGUGUGGAGGUUGCCAAACUGAAAUGCCACAUUCGUUCUCACACUGGAGAGCGUCCGUUCCAGUGCAGCUUGUGCAGCUAUGCCAGCAGGGAUACUUACACGCUGAAGGGGCACAUGAGGACCCACUCUGGAGAGAAGCCAUAUGAAUGUUACAUCUGCCAUGCUCGCUUCACUCGGAGUGGUACCAUGAAGAUGCACAUUUUACAGAAACAUACGGAGAAUGUGGCCAAAUUUCACUGUCCUCACUGUGAUACUGUUAUAGCAAGAAAGAGGGACUUGGGUGUCCAUUUGCGAAAGCAGCAUUCCUACAUUGAACAGGGCAAGAAGUGUCGAUACUGUGAUGCUGUGUUUCAUGAGCGAUAUGCCCUCAAACAGCAUCAAAAGUCUCACAAGAAUGAGAAGCGCUUCAAGUGUGACCAGUGUGAUUAUGCAUGCAGGCAGGAGUGGCACAUGAUCAUGCAUAAAUGGACCCAUACUGGAGAAAAGCCUUAUGCCUGUAGCCAUUGUGAUAAAACCUUCCGUCAAAAACAGCACCUUGAUAAGCACUUCAAACGAUACCAUGAUCCCAACUUUGUCCCUGCUGCAUUUGUCUGUUCCAAGUGUGGUAAAACUUUCACUCGCAGGAACACAAUGGCCAGACAUGCUGAUAAUUGUUCUGGCCCAGAUGAUGGGGAAGGAGAGAAUGGAGGAGAGACAAAGAAGGGCAAACGUGGCAGAAAGAGAAAAAUGCGCUCUAAGAAAGAAGAUUCCUCUGACAGUGGUAAGAUUCAGCUCAGUACCUUCUUAGCAUUACAGGCUUCUGCUGAAGUAGACAGACUGGAGGUGCAUGCCAGCCCUGGAACCAGUAAAAAUCUGUCAUUUUCUUCCUUCUCCCCAUCCCCUUUCUUUUUUGCCCUUCUAGCUGCAGCAAUCAUUCAGGUUGAAGACCAGAACACUGGUGAAAUUGAAAAUACUAUAGUUGAAGUAAAGAAAGAACCUGAUGCAGAAACAGUAGAGGAAGAAGAAGAAGCUUAACCUGCUGUAGUGGAAGCUCCCAGUGGAGACCUCACUCCUGAGAUGAUUCUCAGCAUGAUGGACCGGUGA